AUGCCGGCCCCAACAACGCAAGCAAAGUCGACCACCGACAUCGCCAACGCGGGCUUUUCCCACAUCCAGACGUCCAAGGGCAGCGCGGCUCGCACUUCACCCGACUUUCUCGUCCUCGUCCUCGACAUCAAUCCGCUGGCAUGGACGAGAAGAUCCGAAGCGCUCGGGAAAGGAAAGGGCAAGCAAACAUCGAGCGACGUUGCUCUGGAGGAUGCGCUUUCCGCCAUCAUGAUCCUUCUUAAUGCGCACAUGGCAAUGCAGCACGAGAACGGCUUGGCCAUCUAUGCCGCAGCUGGAACAGGUACCGCCCAGCUCCUCUAUUCCACGGCUUCCUUCUCAGUCAAGGCUGCUGACGCGGGCUCGACGAGCUCGGCGGCUUCUACGAGUGCGCACAAACCGGAUGCCAACACUUAUCAACAUUUCAAGCUGGUCGACGACAAUCUCGAACAGGGCAUUCGAGACACGUGCAAGUCCAUGUUCGAUCGUGCAAGACAGGCGCAAGAGGCCGUUGAUGCAAGCGGCGACGAAGAAGCGGUGAAGCAGGCAACGCUGGCGCGCUCGGUCAAUGUAGGCAUCGUAUCUGCGCUUUCGCAGGCUCUUUGCCAUCUGAACCGGCUGGGACUGAGCGAUGCCACGGAUGCAGCCAACACAGGGAACGGGAUAGCAGCAACGGCGCAGACUCGCGCAGGAGGCGGCAAUGCAUCGUCCGGAGGGAGCGGUGUUGGAGGCGCCGGUAGCAUGGGCAGCUUCAAGUCGCGCAUCCUCAUCCUCAGCGUGACGCAGGACGCUUCGACGCAGUACAUCCCCAUGAUGAACUGCAUCUUUGCCGCUCAGAAGAAGGGCAUCACCAUCGACGUCUGCAAGUUGUUUGGAAGCGAUACGGUCUUUCUUCAACAGGCCUCCUAUCUCACUUCGGGAACCUACUUUCGCCUGUCCGACGACCAGGAUCAGGUUGGUGGCGACAAGUCGGCCGCCCCGGAUAUGCGCUCUAGCCUAGUGCAGACCUUGCUCACGACGUAUUUGCCAUCACGCUCCAUGCGAGGUGUCAUGAACCUGCCGACGCUAGAAGAGAUCGAUUUCCGGGCGGCCUGCUUCUGCCAUCGCAAGAUCGUUGACAUCGGAUACAUCUGCAGCGUCUGUCUGAGUCUCUUUUGCUCGCCGAGACCUUUCUGUCUUACGUGCCGGUCCAAGUUUCCCAAGGACACGUUGAAGAGGUAUGAGAAGGAGCUGCAGUUCACUGCCAGUACCGACGCCGCCGCCAUAGCAUAG